AGUCUUCUAUGACAAUCGCAAGCUUCACACCGACGCGUCAUCUACGUCGGAUUUUAUUAGUUUUGUAAUUUUAUGUGAUUAAGAAAAUUGUGAUAAGUGUAAUUUUUAUACACAUCUUGGUGAUAAUACUAGUAUUAAGAUUUGUUAUGUUAUUGUUGCACGAGGGAUUACAAAACGAGCUUACCCUGCCUGCAGUGCGUGCCAAGAGCCCCGAGUCCCAGCCAUUAGAUUGAGUGGAGUGUUCCCCGCCCACACGUAGCCCCGUACGCCGCAAAAAUUCCGCGCGAUACAACGGACUCCUCCUCCAGCAUGGAACUGGAGAAAGCCCCCACGCCUCUCCACGAGGAAGACUCCAAAAUCACCCUCACUAUCAGACUGAUUAUGCAGGGGAAGGAAGUUGGCAGUAUUAUAGGCAAAAAGGGAGAAAUUGUGAAGAGAUUUAGAGAAGAGUCUGGAGCUAAAAUAAACAUAUCUGAUGGAUCAUGCCCGGAGCGAAUUGUUACAGUCACAGGCAACACAAGUGCUAUAUUCAAAGCCUUCACACUUAUCUGCAAAAAGUUUGAAGAGUGGUGCUCGCAGUUCAACGAGGGCGGCGGCGGCGGCUCGCGCGCGCCCAUCACGCUGCGGCUCAUCGUGCCCGCCUCGCAGUGCGGCUCGCUCAUCGGCAAGGGAGGCUCCAAGAUCAAAGAGAUACGUGACGUCACAGGAGCUAAUAUACAGGUAGCGAGUGAAAUGUUGCCGAACUCGACAGAGCGAGCUGUGACUAUCAGUGGAACUUGCGAUGCGAUCACACAGUGCAUUUAUCACAUCUGCUGUGUUAUGCUAGAGAGUCCGCCGAAAGGUGCAACUAUCCCGUACCGGCCGAAGCCGAACGUGGCGGGCCCCGUGAUCCUGGCGGGCGGGCAGGCCUACACCAUACAGGGCAACUACGCCGUGCCCGCGCAGGACGCGGUGUGCGCACCGAUGUUCCCCCUGGUCGAGGUGAAGCCGCCCCUCGUGGGCGCGCUGCCGCCCCACCACCUGCUACCGCCGCUACACGAACACCACCUUAUCGGGGGGCUAGCUAAAUCACCGUUAGCUGGACUUGCAGCACUAGGUCUAGGCGGUCUGGGACCUUCUAACACUAGUGGAUUGAAUCCGGCAGCAUUAGCCGCUCUGGCGGGGUCCCAGCUGCGCACGGCCAACCAGGGCCGCAACCAGCCCGCAACUAACCAGCAGUCGCACGAGAUGACUGUGCCUAACGAACUCAUCGGCUGCAUUAUUGGCAAGGGCGGUACCAAGAUAGCCGAGAUCCGUCAGAUCUCCGGCGCGAUGAUCCGGAUAUCAAACUGCGAGGAGCGCGAGGGCGGCAGCACGGACCGCACCAUCACCAUCACCGGCAACCCCGACUCGGUGGCGCUCGCGCAGUACCUCAUCAACAUGAGGAUCACAAUGGAGACUGCGGGUCUGCCGCUGCCCGGGUACCACUACAUCGCCCCGAACCACAUCGUGAAGGCGCCGAUCCAUUGAAUGGGGCUCCGCGGGCCGGCCCCCCGCGCCCCGCACUGCGCCCUCGCCUACCCGGCGCCCUACGGGAGUCCGGCUCCGUUCUACUAUUACAAGUGAAAGGCCACUGAAGAAAAGGGGGAAAGCGAUUGGCAAAUAACUGAACAUGUAUGUUUACAUUUGUUACGAGUUUAUAAGUAUUUUAGAUAUUCUUAUAUUUAUUCUCCACUAUUUAAAUAAAUAAAGUGAGAGGAGUCGAGAGUCGAUCGCGCACUCCAUGUCGUGGGUGGUGAUAUAAUUUGUAAUGUGAAGAUUUUAGGAACGUUUAAAACUAAGAAUGAAGAUUUAAAGUGACUGACGUUUUAAAAAAUAAUUUUGAUCAGUCCGUGAACAGUGAACGCCAUAGAGUGAUUGAAUCUCAUCAGCGGUAGGGCGGACGGUCUCUUUUGUUCGUUCUACCCUCGUUCACUGUUCAUAGAUUAAAGAUAACGACAUCGGGUGUUAGCUGAGCUGUUCGAAUUUACUAUGAAUUUAAGCGGUCGAUUGAUUCAAUUAUCCGUUGUAAUUAUUUUUUAUCAUGUAAAGAUCGGUACGGAGAUCGAGAGACGAAUGGGAACGUUCGAGAUAAUUUUUGUAGAUCGACGACGGUGUAAAUUAGGCGUAGGGGACUGUCGAGCGAGCUCGGAUACGCUGACGUAGCGUUAGUAUUAGAUUAGCGAACAGAGUGAGAGGGUUAAAGACAAUAUUUGUAAAUAAAUAUGGUAAUUACCUGGAAACGUUAGGUAUUACAGUAAGCAGUCUUAUGCACUAGCCGGUUAGUGGCGGGCGGCUCGCGACUAGAACAUUAUUCCAAGCACAUCAAUACAAAAGUUAAGCAUAUCAAGACAUUGCAUCACAUCCGUAGCGCGGCCGCCCGCGCGGGCUCGGCUCGGCGACAACGCGGCGCUCAGUGCAUAGGGCAACUAGCAGCGCGGCGCGGCAACGGCGCGCGACUGCACGAAACCGAUGGGAUCAAAUCCUUUAAGAAACUUACCGUAAAACAAAGAGGAGAGAAAUCAAUAAAGUCGUCUACGAUCACAAAAAAAAAGACGUUAGUUUUUAAAAAUAAUAGUGUUGCUAAUUGUGAUAGUCUUCUUAUUUAUUUAAUAUUCAAAGAUCUCUAAAAAUAAUAUACACCUUGUGUACAUCGGCUACGGGAAAUUUUAAUUCGAUUGUAUAAUAUUGGUCCAGGGAUCAAGCCAAAGAUUGUUAAUGUUUGUUUAAACAAUAAUAAUGUUGUCGAUUUAUGCUAAAUUAUUCUGUGGAUAGUUUAACACUUAGUAUUUGUAACUUAGAGCAUUUUAUUUCACUUAUUUUUAUUACCCUCUCCAGAAAGCUUAUUUUAGUAUAAGGUGAAAUGUAUAGAUAGACCGGAAAGGUAAAUGUCAUAAUAUUUCAGAAAAAAAAAGAAAAUCAAAAUAAAAAUGUCUUAGUAUAAAAUAGAUUAAGGUAAGUAUAGGACCAGUACGUGUAAAUGCUUUUCGGUGAAUACGUUCAAAAGACAAAAUAUUUAGUGCCAAGAAAAUGACAAACUUUUUGUGCCAAAAAUAAUAUACAUGAAAGCGAAGGGUCUAUGGUAAUGGGACCCACUGUUCGCUCAGUAUUGAAAUAUUGAAUGACGCAAUUACUAAGAGUAAUUCCAAUUUUAUCCACAUACAUAUUAAUUUUGCACAUCCCUAGUUGUAAGUAAACACAAUUAGAUUUUAUAUUCUUGAAACAUAUCCCGAUAUGAAAUUUUCCUCGUGUCUUCCCUUCUGUAUAUCAAUAUUAAAUUGUAAAAUUAAUAAUUGUAUGUGCCAAAGUCGUGUCUGAUUACUGUCUACGGAUUUGUAUGUGAAUGUAUGGAUUUUUAUUAAUAACAUCUCUAUUUGUACUAGUCAAAUUCGUCUGAAAUCGAAGAAAAUUCUAUGAAAUCUUUAUACACUCUAGUCAAAAUUUAUCAAUUGGUAUUCAUUUAUAUUUUAUUCUAAAAUGAUAUUAAUAUUAUUUUCGAUGUUCGUUUUUUGUUGUUUUUGUGGAAUCUUGCUUCGAUUAUAACUUAGCAAUAAAAUGAUAAAAUCAAUUAUUUAUAAUAAAUGUUUGCAUAUAAGACAAAUGUAUAGAGCUUUGUACAUUUAAUAACACAGGUAAAACUAGAUUUAAAUCUUUAGCCGUAACACGAUAAUGUGGCAGUUGGGUGUAAAAAAUACUAGAGAGAAAUUUCUAGCUGUGAUUAACACUGAAAUGCACUUUAGUGCUGAAUGCUGGCGGAGCUUAUAGUGGGUAGUAACAAAAAACUUGAGCAUUAUUCUAUAUUCGACUUUUGAUAAGUAUUAACUGUGUCUAUUUGUCGAACAAAAAUAAAAGGGUAUUUAAGUUAUUAUUGCUAAAAUAUAUAAUGAGAUUGCUUUUUGCCCAUACUUGAUCGUUUUACCUGUGAUGCUCAAGUUAUUUGUUAUCUACAUUCGGUCUGUUACAGGUAGAAAUAGAAGCUUUGUUAGCUCUCAAUGUAUGGUCAAUACUCCGAUGCGUUGGGGAAACAUCUGGUAUAGUGCCAUCUAAGUUUAUGGCGGCUCGCAAUUAUGCACGAAACGCUGCGUAGAACAUACAAUUUUAAAGGGGAAACCCCUGCUCACGCUUUCCUAAAUUAGGGUACCUGCGGGGAAAUGCUGUAUCUACAUCCGAACCACCCUAAUGUUUCAAUAUUGUAAUAGCAAAUGUACUUUAUACUCUUUGUAUGGCGUGUGCACAAUAACCUGCAAAUCCCGAACCGAUUUCUGCUUACAUGCGUGGUUGUACUGUGCGCUACAAAAGGGUAACGCGACGGUGACGUCAUCUCAAGCCUCAAUGUGCACGCAGGGCAAAGAAUUUUGAAUGUGAAUAUACUUAAAGGAGGUAGACUUACGAGUCUUUGUGUAUUGAUGUUGUUGAUGCGUGUUAUAUAAAUAUUUAGUACAAUGCAAUUUUUUAAAUAUUAGCAAAUAGUAUUAAUUUCGUGUCGUGUAUUAUUUGUGUAUUAUCGAUUCGAUGUAACAUUAUUAUAUAUUACAUAAUUAUAUAAUUAUAUUCGUGUUAGCGUAGCUAUUAAAACAUUGUUACUGUUAUUUUGAUUUGCUCAAUUAUUUAAAAUGUUUACGUUAGCUAGUGAUCAUUGUAAUUGACUUUUGUGUUGGAUAGCGACCUAGUUGGAAUCUCAGUCUAGCUGUGAUGGCAAUUUUUAAAUGAAGACUUAGUUUUACAAUGUAUUAUGAACCGAUGCGUGCGUUUAUUAGAUAAUGUAAUGUAUAGGGGCUUUGUGUACACUUCUGGAUUGUUUUUGCAAUGUAUUAAUGUCGUGUUAUAGGCAUUUGAAAAAUGUACGGACGUAACGGUCAUUGACGUAUUUUUUAUGCAGCAUAAAAGAACCGUUUAGUAAAAUUUUAUCAUUGUUUGAAGUUUAUGUCGGUUCCGGUGGUGUGUUGACGGUCAUGCAAUAUUUUGAAUCAUUUAUUAUUAAUGUAGUUUUUUUUUGUUGAACAUUAUGAAUUAUUAGCCUUUAUUAACAGGGUCAGAUUGCGCUGAAUAAUAGAGUAAUUUAAAAUCAAUUUUAGCAAAUAUUUACUAAAUGUAAUAGUAAAUUUUUUAAACUUCGUGUUAGCACCUGAAUUUUAAAUUCUUAUUGCACCUUUUUUCAAAAUCCCAGUUUUGAAUUUCGUGGCAAUAAAUUCAUUGAAACUCUACCGAAUACUCAAAAGUAUUUAGAUUUUUCCUCGUAUUUCGAAUUUCUAAUUCGAGUUAAGAAGAAUGUGCUAAAUGAAAUAAUAUUUUGCUAACUUCGUCACUUAUCUAAAUCCGCAUACAGGUUCGGACGAUUGGGUAAUAAGGGUUGUGUAAUUUGUUAUGCAUAUACAAUAUAUUUAAAAAAAUAUAUUUGCUUCAAUCCCUUUAGAUACGAUUUAUUUAGUACCUACUUCAGAUGUAAACCUACGCAGUAGACUACCAGGGUAAUAUGAAAUACAGAUAGUGUCCUAAGUUCACGUCACUUAUAGUUCAAAUUAUUCCAAAAGCUUGUAAGGAAUAUUCAAAAUUUAGACCAACUAGCUUUGGAUGUAUGAACAAAAUAAAGCUAGUCGGUAAAUUCCUUGUCGUACAUACUGGCAUUACCAAAUUUGAACUGCACAACAGUUGUCUUCAUAUUUACCACCCUAUUACGUUGUAGAGAGCUUAUUAACCUUCAUAAAAAGAUAAUAUCGUUUGAAUUUGUGAACCCGGUAUAGUCUUUAGAGUAUACGAAGAUAAAAUUAAUUGUUUAAAUAAAUAAUAUUAAAUUUAUUGUCUUUUUCGCUGACUGUACCGUGUUGUCUGCUUCCGGGAGUAAUCAGUUAUGGAUACAUAUCGACUGAAUAGUUAAGGAUAAUGUCGAAAUGGUAAUAAUUUGUCACUGCUGAAAUAU